AUGUCCGGGGAUUCUUUUUUGGGGGUUGCUUCUCCUACCAGUACUUGGUCUUCUAUUUGGCGUUGCCGGACACUAUCUAAGGUGCAACACUUCCUUUGGAGAUGUUGUUUUCAUGCCUUGCCGGUUCGUGUUGCUUUGCUGGCUCGCGGGUGUGCGGUGUCUCCUAUUUGCCCUCGCUGUGGGUUACAGGAGGAGUCUAUGGGUAUUUGGAAGGCCCGAAAUCGGUUGGUCUUUGAGGGGGUUUUAUGGCGGCCUGAGGUUGUGGUGCAAACGGCCGUUGUUAGUUUUUGGGAGUUUCAUGAUGCUCGUUCCCUCUGCUCCUCAGUACAACCACGGCUGGCUGGUGAGUUGGUGGAGUCGUGGAGUCCCCCUCCAUUGGGUUUUGUUAAGUGUAAUUUUGAUGCGGCUUUUUGUCGGCAGUCUUCACAAGAGGGUGGAGCUGCUGUUUUUCGGGAUUUUCGGGGUGCAGUGCUUCGUGCAGUUAUUUUUCGUCCCUUCUCUGCUGCUUCAGCUUUAGAAGCGGAAGCGUUGGUCUGUCAGCGUGCGAUUCUUUGCGCUAUAGAUUUGCGUUUCUCUUCUUUAUGGUUUGAAUCAGAUGCUAAAGCUGUGGUGGACGGGGUGCUUUGUCAACAGUCUUGCCCGUCCGAAAUUGCUUCUAUUUGUUUUGAUAUUGCUCGGGACUUGCGACGGUUUUCAUCUACUCGGUUGACUCAUGUGCGAUGA